CUUCCUUUUUUUUUUUUCUGCGCCGUCUUUGGGCCAGGUACCUCCAGCCCCCCCUCCGCCGCUUCCCUGUGUUGUAUAAAAAGAGACAGACAGCAAAAUGAAGUCCUGAUAAACCACUCGACCAAAGCAUGAAACUCGCCCCACUUCUCAUUGUCACUGCCGCUCUGGAAAUCCUUGUCUCUGUUGGGGGACUCCCAAUAGACAGCCGUUCAUCUUUGUUAAAAUGGCGGGAGACAAUCGAGCUAGCAAGGAACAAAACAGGCCUCCCUGGCAUGAGCGUUGCUGUACUGCACAAAGGAAAGCUCAUCUUUGCUGAAGGCUUUGGUAAACGAAACAGGAACGACCCUGUCACAGCGGAGACUCUCAUGCCCAUUGGAUCCAUGACUAAGGCUAUGACUGCAGCAGCCAUCGGCGAGUUGGUCGCAGAAGGGAAACUCAACUGGGACACCACCCCGGUGUCGAAGUAUGCCCCAGAAGCCCAGCUUGGUGACCCUAUUCUCACAUCCGAGCUGACCCUCACCGAUUAUCUAUCUCAUCGCUCGGGUCUUCCGCAUGACGACACUCCUUGGUUCAACGACACGGGUACGAGGAAUGAUGUCUUCAAGCGCUUGAAGCACAUGGAACUCACCUCCAGGCUGGGUACCAAAGUCCAGUAUAGUAACAUUGGCUACACUAUUGCGGGUGAGGCUGCAGCCAAUGUGGCGGGUAUACCCUAUGAGAAGCUGGUUGAAACCAAAGUGUUUCGUCCCCUAGGACUCUCCAACACAGGAUUCUCACCUAUUGAGAUGGGGAAGCGGCCCAAUCAUGGGAUGCCCUACUAUGCAGACUCAUUCAAGGAUGCUCAGCAAGGGCGCUUCCAUGAAGGAUAUCUGGACGAUUCCAUCGCGCUUUUAGCACCAGCAGGUGACAUCUAUUCUAAUGUGCUGGAUCUUGUCAUUUGGGGGCGAACCAUCAUGCAUUAUGGUGAACUGGAUGGCAAGCAGAUCUUGAACAAAGAAAGUGUCACUGAGCAGCUCAGUGCACAUACCAUCUUUCGUUCAAAGAGAAGCUCCCCCGAAUUUGCACCGUCGAGCGCAUAUGGUCUGGGCUGGGCCAUGGACUCGUACAAAGGCCAGGCGAUGUACCAUCACGGCGGCAAUGUCUUCGGUUUCACAUCGAAUAUUGUUCUGUUCCCAGAUUCGGACUUGGUGGUCGCGGUACUAUCCAACAUUUACGGUGCUGAGCUCCCUACCUUUGUGCCAUAUUACCUCGCGGAUGAAAUUCUGAAUCUGCCCAGGACUCAAGAUUGGAUGGGCCAAGUAGCCGUUAACAGUACUAUUGAGACGUACGACGCCAUUGCAAAAGGCAGCCAAGGAACAUUCCCACCCCGCAUCAAGAACAAGCCAACCACGCACCCGCUCCACCAGUACGCAGGCGUUUACUCGAACCCACUCUUCGGAAACAUCUCAAUCACUCUAGAGAGAAGUGAAGCAGAUGAGGUUAUCAAGAAGGGACUUCACAUGCGGUUCAAGACUUUCCAAAGCCCGAUGGAACACUACCACUUUGACUCGUUCGUCUUUGUUUUGGACAUGUGGUCUAUCAAGAGUCGCCAGAUGCUGACCUUCACCACCGGCGAGGACGGCAAGAUCGAAGGGUUCCAGCUCAAGUAUUUGGAUGCGAUACAAGUGUUCAAAAAGGAGAAGGGAUCUGGAAGUCAUUGCGGUCACGAGGAUGAAAAUGAGGACGAGGAGGAGGUGCCGAGCUGGGAGCAGGAGAGCGCGCAGUAUAGGAUGUAGUUAUGCUUUAAAUUAUAGUGUGCACAUAAAAUGAUUCAAUGGUU